AUGUGCAGAAAUACAAAUGAUAUUGCAUAUUGUGAUCUGGAAGCCGACCCAUGUUCCACAACAGAACAUAUUAACGACUGGCAGCGUUCUGUAGCAUUUGCAACUGACACUACACAGAUAUGUGACAAUAUUCUUGCUGAAGGAUGGUAUAGAGUUAUAAGUGGUGCAGGAGAGUUGAUGCCAACAGAAUGUCCAGUAGGCGGAUUACGAUGUAAUACAGCCAAACCAAUCUAUUUAUAUACUGAUGAUUUACCUGCUGGAGAGGAAGCCUACCCAGCUGUUGGUGUCACAGUUACUAGAACAGCAUUUGCUUCAAACUAUGAUGGUAAUUGUAAACAUACCGAGUACGAAAUCCAAAUCAAAAACUGUGAUGGGUACUAUGUCUAUUUCUUAAAAGGUAUAACGGGUGGAUGUACGUCAGCAUACUGUUUUGGUAAAGAACUUCCAUGUGAAAAUGGAACGACAUCAGAAAACGGAUUCUCACCAGGAUGUGACACGUUUCCCGAUGUAGAAGUGACACCGUUUGUCAAAGCUACUCUAACAGAAACAGAGGCUGUCAAUGAAUUUAAUAUGUUAAUGGUUUACAGUAAGGCAACUUUUGAAUGUCAUGCAAAUGACCUAACAGAUGGAUACAAAUAUAAAACACGAUGGUAUAUCAAUGAUAUUGAGAUGAAAGACGCCAUUAUAGAAGGAUUGUCAAAAACAGAUGUAGAGGCUGGUUUAGGUCGUAUGUUAGAAGAACACUGGACAUCGGAAUUUAAGCCUAAUAUGAUAGUCAAGUGUGCUAUACAAGUAGGAGGGGAUGGUUUCGGAACAUAUGGACCACAACACAAUUCAGACGUAUUUUUUGCAGGUUUAAAGAUCGACCCAUCCUCCUCCACAGAUUACCAAGUUUUUGAGGGAGAAGAGUUACAUAUACCGGCAGAACUUACAAUGCCUUUAUCAUGCUCCUGGCCAAAAGGACGAGAAAAUAAUACAAUAUACAAUAUCAAACAGAACAAUUGUGUAUUGGUUCUCUUAAAUGGUGUACCAGAUUAUCAACUAAAUGGGAAGGAGUGUAUUAAUGGGAUAACAAAAGACGGAAUAAUAUUCAACUCCGAAACAUGUGGUAUCAAGUUUUCUCACAGUAACUGGCAGGAAAAACAAAUAAUCAAAAUAAUGGGUCAAACAGAUCAAGUGGUUAAUGUUGCUGACAGAAUAGUGUUGCUACGACUUUACAACUCAGAUGAAGUAGAACCUCACACAUUAUAUUGGAAAAAUAUUCACCUUCCAGAUAUAAAGGUGUAUGUAAAAGACAAAGAUAUUGUGACAUUAGGUAAAAGCUGUUACUCACAAAACGAUCCACAUAUGAGGACGUUCGAUCAGAAAUACUAUGAACUCCAGCUCCACCAAGGACUAACAGAAGGUGAAUACAUUAUGUACAAGCACGACCGUCUGCCACUUCAGGUAAGCGCCUACUUUAGGAAGUGUUCUACUGCGAUUCUAUGUAACUGUGGUAUUGCCGUUAGAAGUGGUGACAGUCUAUUCGUUGCUAAUUACUGUGAAACAAAUUAUAAAGGCCACAGAAAGACGAAUCGAUACAUGACACAAAGAUUGUGUGACGACCAAAGUCUCACAGUAACAAAAUCUGGAACAACGUUCUCGAUUACUCUCCCUACUGGAACAAAAGUCACAUUCAAUUAUGGUUCUAGCUAUGUAGAUGGCAUCAACAUAAUACCAUCAGUAUUAGAUACGGGUAUGACAAAAGGUCUGUGUGGUAUUUACAACGGUAACUCGAAUGACGAUUUUAUACCAAGAGAUCAGUUAGCUCCAGUAACAGAUAUUAAAACGUUUGCUGAAUCAUGGCAAGUUAAAGGAGAUUAUGCUGACGAGACUUUGUUUCACCCUGACGGAGAGUUAAAAGAGACAAUAUAUAAUGGUCAGCAGUAUUGCACAUGUGUAUCCCCCGAUAAUGUCUAUCCACACGGUAGUCCAGAAUUCAAUUGUGAUUUGACAGCUGCCAUGAAACCAUGUAGAGAUACAAAAACGCCCUUAGGCGUUUUUACAGCUGAUUGUGCAACAGUAGUAGCUCGGAAAAAGAGGUCCGCCUCUUAUAAAGGAAAAGCAGCAAGGCAAAAGAGAUCCACCUCUGAUUAUGAACCUCCUUCUUAUCCUAUGGUAUCUGAUGAUGAGCCUUCAGUAAUAAUGACAGAAGAAUGGAAAAAUGAUUGGACGGAAGCAUUAGCAGAACAACAUUGUACUUAUCAUUUUGAAAAGGCACCGGCUUUCAAUGUUUGCUCUGAAUAUGUUCCUUAUGUAGAUAAAACUCCAUUUAUCAACGGAUGUGUCAAAGAUAUAAAGUCUACUGGUGGGGAUGAUUGGUUGAAGGUAACAAUAAGAAACUUUGCAAGUGUAUGUCUUCAAGAAUCAAAACGUCUCGAGAUACUGACUGUCACUAAUAGUACAAAUUCUACUGGUGCUGAUAAACCAAUCGCUUCUAUUAUUGAAGAGUCGACAUGUCCAGAUGACUGUUCAAACAAUGGACUCUGCAUAAAUGAAGAAUGUCAAUGCAACAGUGGGUUCUAUGGAGAAUCAUGUUCUAUAACAACAUCCCAAGCACCUACGGUUAUCAAAAAUGCAUUCGAAGAUCUAUGUGAUUCUUCGAAGAAACCGUGCAGAACUUUUAUCGUUCCUGGAUAUGACUUCAUCGAUGGAGCAGGCCUAUCGUGCAAAUAUACCUCAAUGUCUCUGAAAUCUAACGGCACCACUACAUUGCUUGAAGAAGGAAAUACAUUUACCCAUCCUGGCACUUAUGCAAGUUCACUUUUCAUGUACUGUAACAUGCCUGGUUCAAGGAAAAAAAGAUCUACUGAUUUUGAUAUUGUUGCAACUGGUUACCGAAUUGCAGUUUCGAAUAACGGAGAAAACUACACGGAACCACUCAUUAGUAUCGUCUUUGACUCUACAUGCUAUGAAUGUAACACAACAACUCUUUCAUGUGAAAAAUUGCUAACUUGUCCUGUUGAAGCUGAAAUGCCUCUAGAUGAUGAAUCGAAGACGAAAAUUUGGAUGAUUGUACCGGUAGUUGCAGCUGUUGUCAUUGUAUUAAUUAUUAUCGUUGUACUUAUAUUUAAAUGGAAGCUUAAACCAAAACAGUCUUAUAUAAGAGAUUCAACGUUAAGCCUACCAAAUACAACACGACAGAUUGCGCCAACAUCUCAUUUUCUGACAUCUGAACAUAUAUUUCUGUCUGAAAGAUUUCGAUCUGAAUCUGCUACCGACUUCAAUGAAUCAAAGUGCGGAUGGAAGUAGAUGACAUAAAUAAAUAGAUAUUGCAGUGCAACUUGUAUCACUGCUGUAUUUAAAUCCUAAUGAAUGUGCCAAAAUUAUGAUUA